AUGUCUUUCAGCAGACCGAGUUCAAUAGCAGGCAAUUUAGGAUAUAAUGGGUUUCCAGUGUCAAUCAGCUAUUUCGUAGCUGUUCCUGAAGUGCUGCUCAUCGAAGAUGCCAAUGUCGCUGUACUCUUUAAGGCCCUCUCCAAGAAGAACUCCGUGACCCGAGAGAAGAACUUGGGCGAUUUGGUGAAAACAUUCAAUGAUUCAUCUUUUACAUUGACUGACAACACCAUCAUGUGCUGGAUUCAGGCUUACCCCAAAGUGGCCAUAGACAACUCGAAAACGGUGAGACUACUUGCUCAUCAAGUCCAAGGUACACUAUUGAGAAGAGUCGGUGGCCGUGAAUUUGGUAAGUACUUGAAAAGCACAAUUCCAAUAUGGCUACUGAGCUUGUAUGACCAGGACACGCCCGUCAGCAAAGCUUCCUACAAGGAGCUUCUAGAGAGCUUUCAGAAUGAUAGCGAGCGAGUGAACACCAAAUUAUGGCUGGUUUUCAGUGAGCAGAUCGUGAACUACAUUUACGUUGUGGUUUGUGUGGAAACUCACGAGUCGCUAUCUGACCUUCGAUACACGAAGAAUGAGGACUCGAUCGCAAAGUAUGAUAGAUCGCUCGCUGGCGCAAUUUUCAUGCUAUGCAAGCUCAUCAACCUAAUUAAUGAAGACUCAGGCUUCUCCCUUCAGGAGGAUUCGCUCGCGUUAAUCAAUGAAUUGUUGCGCCUGGAAAAUCUUUGGGAGCAUCUCGGUAGAUGCUCCGAUAUCGAGACUAUAAAUUUGGGUCUCUUCAAGGCAUAUCUUGGACUUUUGAAAUGCUCAUUCGAACUCAAGGAAAAUCACUCGCCAUCUCGCUUCAUAUCCCAGCUAGAUGAUGUGAAGGGCCUCUAUAAGCUAGUCAGCAAAAAUUUUAUAAAGAACAUAAAACUCAACGUGAAGGAGAAGACUCAGUCCAUUAUAUUUUCAUCCGUCAUCAUACAAUUUUGGGACACCUUAAAUGUUCUUACAGCUUUCACGCAAAUGUCGCCGUCAGAAAAAAAGAAAAUCAGAUUAAAGAAGAACUUUUGGGAGUCGGCAGGCUCCAAAGCACACUCUCGCCUCAUUAACUACAUUCGUUUGGGUCAUUGCAAUUCUGAUCCCUUAUUUUACAACGUUCUCACGGCAUGUCUAAAAAAUAUUGCAUCAAUCGAUUGCGAUGAAUCGGCCUGGAGCUUUGGAAAUUCCAAAGACACAAUCAAAGUUGUCGAUUCUUUGUUAUCUCAAUUUAAAAAGCUUCCUACGUUUUCAUUUAAGAGAUCAGCAUUAGAAUGUAUUUUUAAUAUUCUUGACAUUCUAAAUUGCGAUUCGUCCGUACAGCUCCGCCAAAAGGCAUUUAUGGUGGUUAUAGAUGGUCUCUCUUCAAAAGUCUAUCUGAAAGCGGACUCUAAAGCAAGAGAGAACUCUAUCUCUUUGCUAGCGUCAUUCAAAGGCGACUUGGACUUUGAAUCUUUCAAUAAGGAAAUUUGCGCCUCUUUGGAAUCUUCCGAUAAAGUAACUCUUGCUGGUCAUCAAUUUGAACAUCCUUUAUCACUGGUAGCCCCUACUUAUGUUGCAGUUCUCAGCGAUGAGAUGUCCGACGACUUGGCUGAUCGAGUUCUUAUCUCGAUGCUGGACAUAUUUGAAGAUCCGGGGCUCACGCGCUCGUUUGAGCUUUUGAUACAAUGUAUUAAAAAGAGCUUCAGUCCGGAAUUCAAAGAAUGGACUCCCUUGCUUCCUUCCUUUUGUACAUCAAAUUUCAUCGAUCUCCCAUUUGAGGUCCUCCGUAUUCUACUUGAUGAGAAUGUGGGCUGGGUUGACCUUAACAAAUUGAUCGACGAUGUAUUCAUCAAGGUCCUGAGUGAUGCUAAAGAGGCGCUUCCGAAGCUUUUAGCUCUUCUCAACAAGGCCAAGAGUUUGGACGAGAAAAGCGUCCCCCAUGUACGCGAGUAUUUGGAGAAAUUGUCAAGAACUGAGGUCUCAUCAAGUGAUUCCGGAUUGCUCUUCAACUACAUUGAUGAUCCGGCUAUACUUCGCAAUCUACUCGCAUCGCCAUCCGUUCACGAAAAACCCAAUGACUUCUUGGAGUCAGUGGUCUCGACGAACACAAAAUUAGACAAUCUUGGCGAAGAAUCCAGAGGUCACCUACGUCAAAUAAUCACCGCAGGAUUGCAGACCUCAAAUUCAAGAACCUUGUCUUCAUUUUUGUCUCUUGUCAAUGAUGAUGCUUUCGUGGCUAAUAUCUUGUCGGAGAACAUUAUUCUGGAUGAAUGGAAUAUCGAUGAAUUAGCAUCAAUAUUUAAAGAGCAUCCCGAGUACUUUCCCUUGAAUGAUGUCAACAAUCUUGUACAUCGAUUGAUUGAGUCCAUCGAUCUAAACUCCAUCGCUAUAUCCAACCCGCUACAUCAGAAUGUGUACUUAGCCAGCCAAUACAGCCUGUCCGAAGCAUCCCUUCAGGGAAAGAAGGUGAUAGUUAAAUUAGCAAUCAUCUUGAGAGAAGUAAUAGGCUCGACUCAAUCGCCUUCUUCUGAGAUCAUAAUUCUUGCACUUUUGACAAGUGAAUAUCUCCACGACUAUUUAUUUUUGAGAAAUGAGACAGAUCAAGUUCCUGACGCCUUGCUAAUGAGAGCAAAAUUGGAUGAUGUCCUUGCUCAACACUUGUUUGCAACGAAGGCAUCCACUAAUGGUCUUUUCAACGACUCGCCGAAGUCAACUGCUGAGCAGCGCAUCAUAGAAAGGCUCGUCGAUAAGGGACCUUAUUCUAUUCACCAGUUAUACUGCGCCCGUUAUUUAACCAGAGUUCUCUCAUCCACUUUCGAUGGCAUGUCACCCAAUGAGUUUGAGGCACUAGAUGUUAAAACUGCGAGGCUCGUGAAUCAACCACUACUCUUGUCGGUCUAUCUCACAUCAGCGGCUAAGUUCAUUGGUGUCUCUAAGACCUUCGACAGGAUGAGAAACUACGUUUUUGCAGAAAUCUUGGGUGUCAAAUCAUCUCAGGAUAUACUUGAUUUGGGUAAAGUGUGGUUAUCUUUAGCAACGAAUUUUCUUGUUGUCGACACUGACGAAUACCCUGACUACGAACUAAUACCGCAACACAAAUUAGGAAUGCUCAUUAGUCAUUUAAUGCAGUGGUUGGAUUCAGAUAUUGCGUAUUCCGAUGAAUUCUUGUCGGUAAGAAGCUUGCUAGCGGUCUUUUUCUCCCACUUGCUAAUUCUUGAUUCCAAAUUCGUUCCUGAUAAGACGUGGGAUAUUGCGUUUGACUUGGCUUUAAACAACUUGAGCUCUGCUCAAGUCGAGGUAAGGAAUAUUGGUAUACGAUUUUUCACAAUCAAGCUUUGCACCACUUUAUUCAAAAAGUCCAGCCUUCAAGACGCGUGGAAAGAGGCCAGAGAAUCCGUGACCGAGGAAUUAGUUGACCUUAUUCUCAAUGAAGAUAUUGAGAAUUUCAAUUCUUCCAUAAAUAACCAGCCUGUGCGUAUGACAAAUGAGCUGUUGCGAAGGCUCUUAAGCGUCGCAAGUAUCUCCGAUACCGUCAUUUCAAAUAAUUCAGAAAAGUUUUUGAAGGUUUUACAAAGCUCUCACUUUGUGGACAUGCAGAGACUCUCGGCUAAUCUAUUAGAAAAAGACGUCAUCUCAUCUCGGGACGACUUUGUUGUCGAAUAUCAACUUAACAAAGCCAAUCUCAGCGACUCACAGGAUAAUUUGGUGCAAGCAAAGUUGCCUAUGCAACUUGUAAAAUACGUCGCGAGUUUCAAUGAAGAUCUAGAAUUAUUGUCUGAGAAAGGAGAGGAAUGGAGAGCAACAUCGUACUUGUGGAGCUGGCUAUUAAUAUUUGCAUAUUUCAAGGGUUCUACAUAUGGUAUCAGAACUGACUACAUUUCUCAGCUUAAAGAGAGUCAGUGCAUUGAGCAUUUGUUGAACGUUAUCUUUGAUCAUGUCGAUCUCACGGACUCAAAGUUUUUGAGAACUUUGGUGGACGACAGCUUGGACAAGGUUCUGAGACUUGACUCUACGAGAUACUCAAUAGCGGAGUAUUCGAUCCUACAAGGUUGUCCUGGUGAGGACACACUUUAUGAGAUGAAGUUUGUUCUUGUUCAUUUAUACUUUAGGUGUCUUCAAUAUUUGGGAUCAUAUUGCCAACAAUGGUUCAGCGAACUUCGAGACCUUCAGUUGAAAAGACAAAUUGAAAAAUUUUCUAUCAAGUUCGUUUCUCCGUUGAUAAUAUCGAAGAUGCUCAAUGAAGUGGAGCAGGCUAAGUCGAAACUUACUCAAAAGGACGAAAAUCUCACAAUCAAGGUAAACAAGAUCACCAAUGAGAUUCGUACAAUUUAUAUCAUCGAUGAGCAGAAAAUGGAGAUGGUGGUCAAGAUCCCUGAAUCCUUCCCUCUCUCUAACGUAAUGGUUCUGGGUCCAUUGCGUUUGGGUGUGAAGGAAAAUCAAUGGAAAGCUUGGUUGUUGGCGUCGCAAAGGGUUGUCUCUCUCACUAAUGGCUCAAUCAUCGACUGCAUUGAGCUUUUCAACAGAAACGUCAGUCUACACUUUUCUGGUUUCGAGGAAUGCGCAAUUUGCUAUUCUAUUUUGCAUCAAGAUCAUUCAUUGCCCUCCAAGAACUGUCAAACAUGUCUGAACAAAUUUCACGCAGCGUGUCUUUAUAAGUGGUUUAAAAGCUCAGGAAGCAGUACAUGUCCAUUGUGUCGUUCAGCAUUCAAUUUCCGGAUCUCAAGAGCUUAG